UUAACCCCUAUAAAUUGGGUAGCAAUUUCCUAACAAUCAUAUCCCAUUGCCAAACAUUAUAUUGUGUGCAAAUACAUUUACAAUGGAGUUGCAUCACCAAUAUUAUUUCUUCACACUUUUUUCUGUAAUUUUUGUGGUAAGUCAUGCAGCAAAUUUAUCUCCUGAGGUGUAUUGGAGAGUCAAAUUGCCCAAUACUCCCAUGCCCACACCUAUCAAAGAUGCACUACACAUUUCUGAGAAUGAGCUUCACAAAGUACGCCAACCAUGGGGAGUGUUUUCAUCAUGGUAUCAAGCUGCCCCCGAGAACGAGCUUCACAAAGUACGCCAACCAUGGGGAGUGUUUUCAUCAUGGUACAAUGAUGCUGCUAAGAAAGAUCUUAAUGACAAUCACCCAAUGACGCCAUACUUCUUUGAAACAGAUUUACAUCAAGGGAAAAAAAUGAAUCUUCAGUCUCUCAAAAACUACAAUCCAGCACCCAUUUUGCCACGCAAAGUUGUAGAUUCCAUCGCUUUCUCAUCGGACAAAAUUGAGGAAAUUCUUAAUCACUUCUCUGUUGAUAAGGACUCAGAACGUGCUAAAGACAUCAAGAAAACAAUCAAAAUGUGUGAAGAGCCUGCGGGUAACGGAGAGGUAAAACAUUGUGCCACUUCUUUGGAAUCUAUGGUUGAUUUCACCUUAUCUCACCUGGGAACAAACAAUAUUAUAGCAAUUUCCACUGAAGUAGAGAAGGAAACUCCAGAGGUGCAAACAUAUACCAUCGAAAAAGUGGAAGAGAAAGCAAAUGGCAAAGGUGUUGUAUGUCACAAAGUAGCUUACCCAUAUGCAUUACACUUUUGCCAUGAUGUAGGAAGCUCUAGGACAUUUAUGGUGUCUAUGGUGGGUGCUGAUGGAACAAAAGUUAAUGCAGUAUCAGUCUGCCAUGAGGAUACUGCAUCCAUGAACCCUAAGGCAUUGCCUUUUCAGUUGCUCAACGUUAAGCCUGGAGACAAGCCUAUUUGCCAUUUCACUUUGGACGAUCAAAUUGCCCUGUUUCCUUCUCAAAACGCACUAGCUGAAAACAAAUAACAUAGAGAAAGUUCGGUCAUUACCUGCUCCUUUGUUGCAAUAGUCACAACGCUUUGUCUAAUAAUGUAUCAACCUGAUGUAAAUACUGUUUAUUGCAAUGUUUUGUGUAAUAAUGCAUGCCCUGUUGCAAGUACUGUUUAACUGUGUUAAUCACAGUUCAUGAUGCACGCUGUUUGCAUGUGUGGAUGAAAAUGUUUGGUUUGUGUUUCAAAUAUGGUUGAUGAAUAUAUGUGGUAAUGGAGAUUAUGACA